GAGGUCUCGAGGUGCCAUUCCUUUAGCAGCUACGUAGACGGCUGCAAGGUGCGCCGUUUCUGGGUCCAGUCGGGACAGGAGGGGCAUGGCCACGCGCUGAAAAAACCACGAGUUUCCAGAGAUAUACGAAUAUCCGGAUACUCCCAACAGGCAGGCCGUUCCGACGGAGACGAUGGUCCUAGCAGCGACCAUUAGUUCGUACGUUCGUACAGAGAGAAGAGCGUCGACUACUGAACCGACUACACGUGGGUGCAAUUCCAAUUAUUGCGCACUUUGUUGGUGCGCAUUAUUUAGAAAUCACUCCGGGCAGAAAUGUCGACUGCUCUGAAAGAAUUCGUUAAAAGCCUGCGGAGACUUCCACGGAUCAUUAUAUUGGACAUUGAUUGCACUCUCUGGCCGUUUUGGGUGGACACUCAUGUAUCUCCACCGUUCAAAUCUGAUGGUAAUGGAGGGGCAACCGACAGAUACGGGUUCAAAAUCAAGCUGUACAAAGAAAUUCGCUCAAUUUUUGACGACCUGAAACAGUUGGGAAUACCCAUUGCAGCUGCCUCAAGGACAGAGGACCCUGCUGCCUCGAGAGAGCUACUGGGAGUCCUGGGCAUCGACAAGUGCUUCCAGCAACUUGAAAUCUUUCCCAAUCGCAAGUUUGCCCACUUUGACAAUAUUAGGAAGGCGUCGGGAGUGAGCUACACGGACAUGCUGUUCUUUGACGACGAGGAGAGGAACAUUCACGACAUCUCUACACUCGGAGUCACCUGUGUUCUCAUCGACGAAGACGAUGGGCUGGACUACAAAAUCCUCAGAUCUGGAUUCGACGCAUUCAACAAAGACUGAUUUUUGAAGCUUUCAUUUCUUAUUUAUUGCACGUUUUUUAAUUUUAUUUCAGUCACUGUGCAUCUUCUAGCA